CGUUUCCCCCUGAACGCUUCUCUUCUCAGAAGCUUAAGCUCUAUCGUCCUAGCUAGUCGCUCUCUUUCUAAUUUACAAUUUUUGAUUCAUUAUAUCAUUCUGUUUGCAGUAAGCGAUCGAUAUGGGUUGGAGUGGAUGUCACAAAAACCUAAUCUCGAUGACCGCUUUUACAGUGGCCUUGGUUUUCGUUCAACAUGUGAAGUGUGAGGAGGUUCACGACUCAGACCGCAUAUCACUUGAGCAGGGUGGCUUCGUUCAACGAAGGGGCACCAAUUUCAUUCUGAAUAACAAGCGUUUCUACUUCAAUGGAUUCAAUGCUUAUUGGUUAAUGUACAUGGCAUCUGACCCAUCCACAAGGUCCAAAGUCACUGGCAUUUUACAACAAGCUUCUAACCAUGGUUUAACUGUUGCAAGAACUUGGGCUUUUAAUGAUGGAGCGUACAGAGCCCUUCAGGUUUCUCUCGGUUCCUAUGACGAGAAAGUAUUCAGGGGACUGGACUUUGUAAUAUCAGAAGCAGGAAAAUAUGGUGUACGAUUGAUACUGAGUUUGGUGAACAAUUGGAAAGAUUUUGGAGGGAAAAACCAGUAUGUCCAAUGGGUAAGGGAACAUGGCGGGUACGUGAACAGCGAAGAUGACUUCUUUACGCACCCCGUUGUUAGGCAACACUACAAAAACCAUAUUAAGGCUGUGCUGACAAGAAAAAACUCUAUAACUGGGGUGGUAUAUAAGGACGAUCCUGCCAUUUUUGCUUGGGAACUUAUGAACGAACCACGUUCCCAACACGACAACUCCGGAAAAAUUAUUCAGGAAUGGGUGACUGAGAUGGCUGCCUACGUCAAAUCCAUUGAUAGAAUUCAUUUGCUGGAAAUAGGACUCGAAGGGUUCUAUGGUGAAACAAUACCAGAAAAAAAACAAAUCAAUCCUGGAUACCAACUUAUUGGUACUGAUUUCAUAUCUAACAACCGAGUUCCCCAUGUCGAUUUUGCCACUAUCCAUCUUUACCCUGAACAAUGGUUGCCAGGCUCAAGCGAAGCUGCUCAAAAUGCAUUUGUUGACAAAUGGGUACAAGAACAUAUUAAAGAUGCCAAAAAUGUUCUGGGGAAGCCUAUUGUUGUUGGUGAGUUUGGCAAGUCUUCAAAGUUGUAUAACGUGGAAGAAAGGGACAAUUACAUGAGAAAAUUGUACAGUGCCAUAUAUAAUAGCGCCAGUAGUGGGGGACCCUGUGCUGGUGGGCUUUUUUGGCAACUCAUGGCUCAAGGAAUGGAUGGUUUACGAGAUGGUUAUGAAAUAAUCUUCGAGGAGAGUCCUUCAACUACCACAAUUAUAGAUCAGCAAUCUCGCAAAAUGUCAAGUCUUGCUUAGUAGAUAAGCAUUUCGCCUGUAGCUCUCGUGUAAUAAAUUUGUUUCUUAUUAAAAGUUCUACCUUAAUUGGGUGUGGGAAUAAAUUAAGAAAAUGUAAGAGUCAUAAAUAUAAUAGAUGAAUAGGUCCAACACAAUUUCCUUUUCUGAUCCCCCUAUAACCUGUAAAGAUCGGUUCCUUAUAUAAGAAAAUAAACGUCCCAAACAAUGUUCAUUU